AUGCCGGGCCACCGCGGCCUGCCACACUCCUGCCAGGGACCAGCUGUUCACCUCACACCGCGCUGCCGGGAGCCACCCCGCUGCUCCCCGGAGACUGCGGUGCCUCCAUGCGACCACCUCGGGCCCGUAAGGCCCGUGGGAUGCCCCACCGCCCGCUAUUCCAUGCGAGAGCUGCCUCGCCCGUGUGCACCCCCUGCCCUCGCUGCGAACACGGCCACGGCCACGGCCACGGCCCUUUACCCUGCGGACACCGCCCCACCCGGCCCCGGCCACCUCCCGGCCCUGCCUCACGCUCCCCGCCCCCGGCCGGGCCAAACCCCUCCCCCGUCUGCAGCAAGUGGCAGCGGGAAGGGCGGCGGCGCCAUCACGUGA